AUGGCCAACUAUAACCCCGACAUUUCCAAUGGCACUUGCUACUACGCGGACGGAGAGGAGGCCCCUUCCAGAUUCAUUCCAUGCGGAAAUGAAGCCAUUGGACACAAAGCAUGUUGCGAAAGUCUGGAUAUGUGUCUAUCGUCCAGUGCUUGCUACAACGGACAAUACGGCGUGACCUACCUAGCUGGCUGCACCGACUCGACUUACGACGACCCAAGAUGUCCAGAUAAAGGCGACUUUUCAGGGCAAACAUGGGCAGGUCUAGUCUAUUGCAAUGGCACCUCAAACGAAUGGGUCGCCUGUGAGGACAGCGGAGCCACUGUCUCGAGUCCUGAACCCUGCUGGUGCCCUUCGACCUCAAGGACGGUGGCGUUUACUGAUGCCCCCCAACUCACCAAUAUCAUGUCGCUGCCGAACAUGUUGGGUGCAAGUGUUACUUGGAUGGACAGAGCAGCGUAUGAGUCGGAACACUCACUUACUCUCACCACCUCUGCCGUCUCCCAGACAUCCGACCCCGGCAGUAUCACGACCUUGCUACCACCUGUGUCGGUUCCCACCACGCUAAGCCCGACCACUUCUUCUACCUCUUCCUCGUCUACAAGCUCCGCCAAUACCACCUCGAUAGCGCCCGCAACACCUGCAAGUGUGACAAAUUCCUCAGGGCUGGGUACGGGGCAAAAGAUAGGAAUAGCACUCGGAUCAGCCGGCGGCGUGGUUUCAAUGUUACUUCUGGGCUGGUUAGUCGCGAAGAGAAUGCGCGGUCAGAAGAAGAAGCACCGCUCGACUCCUCCCAUGGUCGACCUCAGCAGACCUCAUCCAGAAAUCUCACAGACGGAGGCUGAAAUGAGAAGUCCCUCCUGGUCAGGUCACAAGUCGGAACUACCCGCGGAUGAAAGCACAAACCUAUCACCCUCACCGAACUACCAAGAAUUUCAGCGACCACUAAGUGGAGAAGUAGAGGGAAGUCCAUCCCGACUGUCUCCCACAAGAGCCACGUAUGAUGGUGGAUACAGGAUGCCAGGCCACAAGGGCACGUAUUAUGAGAUGCCUGGAUAG